UGAAAGGUAAAUACAGUAGCUGUAGUAAAGGAGAGGGAUGCCCAAUUAAAUAAUGAUUAUUACUGAUUAUUAAUUCAUUAUUAACAUUAACGAUGAUAAUGUUAUUUAAAAGGCAGGCUGUGAAUUCUUGAAACUGUUUUAUCGUGAGUGAGAAUCUGAUUUGAUGUUUCUGAAGCUACUGUUCAGCCCUCUGUAUAUAACCCCCUCUGUAUAAAGAAGGAAGGAAAACACAGUGUGGUUUGAAAAAAAUUUGAGGUGGGUGGAACUGAUGACAGUGGUAUGAAAUGACUUUCAAUCCCCUGUGACAAAUCAGUCUGAAAAGAUGAGACUUCUGCUGGGCGGACUGCUUCUUAGCUCUCUCUGUGCGCCCUCAUCAUGGAGUGCUUCAUCAGACACAUUGGUUGUGAUCCAGAGUCCUGAUAUUACUGUCACAGAGGGGGAGGCAGUAGACAUCAACUGCUGCUGGACAUGGUUUGAAAGAGGGAGACAUGAGGCUGCUGGAAGAUACGUGUGUGAAGUGUUUGUGGAAAUACCAAUUUUAUCUACAGCUAAAGGAAAUGGUACGGUGAUCACAGUUACAGCCAGAGCAAAUCAGACUGGAACAGAAGGUCAACUGCAGCAAAACAGCACCUCUAGUCUCCCACUCCCACUGAUAAUCGGCCUGGCUGCAGUAGUUCCUGUCUUCCUCGUCGCUCUCAUCUGUUUCUGCUCACUGCGAAGGAAGCAAGAAGCAGUCAGGGUGAUCUAUGAAGUGCCCCACACUGACUCGGAUGUAGCAGAGAUGGACAAGCACAGCACCAGUUCCUCCAGAGGCUCUUCCCAGUGGUGCCAGGUUACCGUGUAUGAAUCCUUUGACUACUUUGAGCGGGUGGAGCACAAAGGAAGCGGCUGAAGAUCUCCUGCCCAAUCACCCUCCUGUUGUUCAAACUGUAUUUAAUUCCUAAAACAUUUCAAUGACUUUAUAAAUGUAAAUAUUUCCAACUUUUUCUAUAAAUCAAACAUCCUA